UAUCCGAGGUCAUGGGUCAUUGGCGGGAAAAUGGCCGACUGAGUCUGAGGUGGGAGGGCUUUGUUCUGCAUUUUCUUCCAUUCCGUACUUAUUUGUGACCUACACUUACAUUCGGUGGAACAAAGACGCUUCUGUUAUCUUAGACAACGUCUUAGGCAAGCUCAGGAGGGAAGAAAUCAUGGCGGCGGAACGCUCAAGGCGUGCGAAUGCCGGGGCCAAGAUGACCAAGCUUCUCGUGGACGAACAAGAAGAUGAAUUUUACCAGACUACGUACGGAGGCUUCAAUGAAGAAUCUGGAGAUGAGGAGUUUGAGUCGGAUGCGGAGAGCAGUGAUGAUGAGGUGGACUCUGACUUCAGCGCCUCCGAGGACGAUGAGCCGGUCAGCGACCAGGAGGACGAUGAACCCAAGAGAAAGAGGAGGGUCGUCACAAAGGCCUACAGGGAACCUAAGAAGGUUGCAAAACCAAGUGAGGGAAAAGAAGCAGAGAACGGACAACAGACUCAGAAGGUGGAGAAACCCAAACAGCCACAGCAACAGAGAGUCAUCCCUCCCUCAGCGAGAAUCCAGACGCGUAAGUCCACUGCGGAGCGGACUCUGCAGUGUAACAUCAGGUACAAGGAGCGGGAGCGUCUGCGCGCCAUCCAGCCCAAGAAGCAGCCCGUGGAGUUCCGCCGACUCACGCAGGAAGAACUGCUUGAGGAGGCCAAGGUCACAGAACAGAUUAACCUGGCUUCCCUGGAGACGUACCGUCAGCUGGAGGAUGAGAGGAGAAAAGCGCGGAACCAGAAGCGUGUGCGUUACCAGGGCCCCACCAUCAGGUACCACUCCCUGUCCAUGCCUCUCAUAGAGGAGCUGCCCAAGGACACAGAGGAGAUCAACGUGGUUGGAGACAGCUCUCCUCCAGUGCAGCCUUCCCAGAAGUCCCAGGUUACGCGCUGCUCUCGUAAUUUCAUCACCUUCCCGGACGACGCCACAUUCCGUAAGCACUUCCCCGCCAAAAAGCCAAAACCUCCGGCGAAAUCGUACUGUGCGGUGACUCGCCUGCCAGCAAAGUACUUUGACCCCAUCACACAGACGCCCUACGCUACGAUACAGGCCUUUAAAUGUUUGAGAGACACAUAUCUGCAAGAACAGGAGUUGAAGUGUGACAAGAGACUGAAUGAACUGAAUGGAUAUCUGGAACAGAAAAGAAAACAGAAACUCCUACAGAAAUAAGUAGUCAUACUCGUACCUCUGUGUUAAACAAUCUCUCACUGUCACAGACUUUUAGGGAGCUUGUGGCCAUACAUCUCUAACUCAAUAGAACCAUUCCCUUUCGUAGAGUCACCAAUAGGUGCUCAGGACUCUUUAUCACUCUGAAAGUCAGACCAAUAAGAGCUCAGUAUUCUCAAUGACUCUGAAAGUCAGACCAAUAGGAGCUCGGGAUUCCCAAGCACUCAGAAAGUCAGACCAAUAGGAGCUCAGGAUUCCCAAGCACUCUGAAAGUCAGACCAAUAGGAGAUCAAGAUCCUCUGUCACUAUGGAAACCUGUAAUCCCAUCCUCCAGCACCAUGGUAACAGACAGAUCUCAGUCUGACAAGAAUCGGCCCAUGUUAGCACAUAUUUGUACUAGUAAAUCAACAGGAUUAAAAUGUUCACAACUCUCCUGACUUGUAAGUGUUGGCUAUCAAGUGACCAGUGGAAGGACUGCUAUAAAAUUAAAACACACUGUAUGGUGACCAGCCCAUGUCCUGCCACUUACUAUAUUAUGUAAUAAAACACCACAGGUGCUGUUUCUUGGCUCCAUUGAUAUUGAAAAACAGAUGAAAAUGACGUUAUUGAAGAACGUGGAAUUGUCUUCUGCCUUCACACUGAGAACUAUGUGUUAACCAUUAGUAUCAUGGUUAGGUAGUAUUUGUUACUUGUUCUAGCAUUAGUACAUGUGAUCAGGAACUGCCAAUUGUAUUAGCCAGAAGGCCUUAACUUGAGUCUCAAUUGAUUAGUCACAUACCCCCACCCUUCCAUCUUAAGACCCAUCUCCUUUGAGUUCACUAGGAAACUAUCUGUGACUAUAGCACUCCCAAGCUCUGAUCUAUCCCUAACCUGAAACCUGCACUAAGCUUACUGCACAUAUGAAUAAAUGGUAUUUUACAGAAGGAA